AUGGGAACACUCCACGUCACCUUCGGCCAAUUUGAAGAUGUUCGGUCCAAGGUCCUGGCCAACCGAGGUGAGGUCUUGUUGGCAGGUGUCAAAUUCACAGUUCUACCGACGCACAAGACUAAGAGUCCACACAGUGACAGUCUCUAUAAGCAGCUUGAGCCUGCAGGCGCGCAGAUGUCCUCGAAUGCAGUGAGGAGGCCUCCUCACUGCUUCAACCUCUGGAGACAAGUGAAAGUCCUCCAGCGGUCUGGUAUGGGCAGUGCAGAUGCCCAAAUGAAGGACACCGUUAGGGAUUGGAAGAAUGCAGCCGGUAUGGCGAAGGCGUUUAGUAUUGGCAGGGCAGAGAGCGAUGCAUUGUUUGAGCUUUCCAAGUCUAUUCCGGAGAACAUCGGCGCCGAGCUGGAGAAAUUGGUUACCAAACGGGGCUUAUCCAAGUUUCUUCAUCGCGAUGUGAUCGGCAAAGGUGAAGCUGUACCUGAGCAGGCCAUGUGCCCUGAGAGUCAGUUUGCCGACAUCCAGAAGGAGGUGAGCAGCCAAUUUGUGGCUGGCCUACUUGACGCAGACCUUCUGCACAUUGUCGAGACCCAAGUCCCAGCCAACUCAGACAUCAAAGCUGUUGCAGGGUUCAGGGCGGCCAACUUGGCCCAAGUCAAGGCAAUGCUUGCUGCAGACAUCGAGAUCCUGCGGUCAAAACUUCCUGGAAAGAGUGAGGAGGCCGCGGAGCACGCGCUGAACAUGAAAUAUUUGAGAGACAGACAACAGAUUCCAACCCGUUUUGCCUAA